UCACUGCGUCCUCGGUUGCUAGGUUAUUCUCCCGGAAGGACCAGGCUCUUAACGUAACCAUAUCUUUAAAUGUUUGUUUUUUUGGUAACAUUUUAUACUCAGCAUUUCGCUUUAUUUUUAUGUACUGCAAUAUGUGUAUGUAUGUUAUUACCUUUCAAUAAGAAAGGCUUGUAUUGUGGUAGUUUGACCGCCGUGGGCGUUGUCAUCGCUGUGUCCAGCUUCACGUCGCCCUGAUCAAUAACUACAGCCUGCUAGCAUUAAAACAGCUAACAUGGAAGCAGCGUUUGGUCAGUAGCGUGAGCUAACAGUGAUGCUGUCUAACUGUACAGCCGUGAGUUCAGCUAACGACUGCCGGAUGAGAUCGCAUCCUUGACAGGAUGAUGGCCGCCCAGCCUCUGCAGCAGUCCGGGGAGGAUUCAGCAGCCCGCUAACGGAGCCAGCCCGACUAGCUGAUGCUGAUGACUGGCUGUUUCCUGACAUUGAUUUGCAGUGGGAGGCACCAUGGCCGGUAAGGUGAAGUGGGUGACUGAUAUUGAGAAGUCAGUUCUCAUCAAUAAUUUUGAGAAGAGGGAAUGGAUUCAAGUUGCAGAAAACGAGGACUGGAACUUCUACUGGAUGAGCAUCCAGACCAUAAGGAAUGUGUUCAGCGUGGACACUGGCUACCGUCUGUCAGAUGACCAGAUGGUUAACCACUUCCCCAACCACUAUGAGUUAACCAGAAAGGACCUGAUGAUCAAAAACAUCAAACGCUACCGUAAGGAGCUGGAGAAGGAAGGAAGUCCGCUUGCAGAGAAAGAUGAGAAUGGAAAAUACAUUUAUCUGGAUUUUGUCCCUGUGACAUUCAUGCUCCCUGCAGAUUACAAUCUGUUUGUGGAGGAGUUUCGCAAGAAUCCGUCCAGCACCUGGAUCAUGAAGCCCUGUGGGAAGGCCCAAGGCAAAGGCAUCUUCCUCAUCAACAAACUGUCUCAGAUUAAAAAGUGGUCGCGGGACAGCCGCACCUCAACGUUUGUGGCAGCAUCCAGUGGGAAAGAAGCUUAUGUCAUCUCAUUGUACAUUGACAAUCCUCUGUUGAUAGGAGGGAAGAAGUUUGACCUACGCCUCUAUGUUCUAGUGACAACAUAUCGGCCCCUGAAGUGCUAUAUGUACAAGCUGGGCUUCUGUAGGUUCUGCACAGUGAAGUAUACACCCAGCACCAGUGAACUGGACAACAUGUUUGUUCAUCUCACCAAUGUGGCCAUCCAAAAGCAUGGGGACGACUACAACCACGUUCAUGGAGGCAAGUGGACGGUCAGUAACCUCCGCCUGUACCUGGAGAGCACCAGAGGAAAGGAGGUGACCAGCCGACUGUUCGACCAGAUCCACUGGAUCGUGGUGCAAUCACUGAAGGCUGUAGCUCCUGUGAUGAACAAUGACAAGCACUGUUUUGAGUGUUACGGGUAUGACAUCAUUAUUGAUGACAGGCUGAAGCCAUGGCUUAUUGAGGUCAAUGCGUCGCCCUCGCUGACCUCCAGCACAGCUAACGACCGCAUCCUCAAGUACAACCUCAUCAAUGACACCCUGAACAUCGUCACACCUAACGGGGACGUUCCAGACUGCCGCUGGAAUCGCAGUCCGCCCAGAGAGGCCCUGGGCAACUAUCAAGUCCUAUACGACGAGGAGCAGGCGCAGAGCGAGAAUGCAGAGCGUGAUCUGCGGAGUCGCUCGGGUCAGUCGCUCGGGUCAAAGGGCACCAAAGGGAGUGCUGCCAUUCGCCCCAUCGCUGCCACGUGGAAGUGAGGUGAAAUAACUGAGUCGGACAGACUUCCUGUACAUCACUAUAGAGAGCACCUGAGGGGUCAUGCGAGGAAUACCCAGUUUUUCUUUCUUUCUUCCUUUUUUAUUUUUUUAAUCUGACAGCUUUCUCUCUCCUCUUUUUACUGGCUGUGGCACAAAAAGUAACACUACUGCUGGAAUGAAGAAGAGUCAAUGUGUGUAAAGAUGUUUGUGCCUGUUUGUAUGAAUCAGGAUGAAAAUAGUAGAAAUUAUAUUGAUGACAUGAGGGUCAAGUCAAAUGAACUGAGAGUCAUAUCUAGAGUUUUAACUAUAGGAUUUACAACCUGAACUAUGCAUGAUUAUUGAUUGCUGACAUUUCAAAUUGGCCUGCCACAGAGGUGCUAUUGAGAGGAUGAACUGUACGGAGGUGAAUAAGAAGAGGAAUGAGCACUCUAACUAGAGUCCGCUGUUGUUGAUGUGGAACAAGCAGUACUAAAUGUAAAUAAUGUUUUUUAUAUUAUCAAAGCCAAUAUGUAUGUAAGUAUGCAGGGAGGUCCUUUAACAGUGCUGACUGUUGCACUUUAUUUAUUUAUUUUUGCUUAAGUAUAAGAUCUAUUUCCCAUGUUGCAUUUAGGGUGAUUCCUUUUGCAAAUCUCAGAUCUUUCAAAAUGAAUAUGCGUUGGCAAUGUACAUGUACUUUAUGCAGUCUUAGGUAUCACCUGCUUUUUUCCUCCAAACGCUGAAGAAUUCAAACACCGAUGAUGACAGGGCGUUCACUUUUUUAACGCACCAAAGUGGGGCUGAAUGGUAUUGGAACAACCUCGACAUUGGUAUUUUAAAACAAAAUGUGAUCAUCUUCUGUCCCGUUGACCAGUUACCUUUUUUCAUCAUAGAUUCAUAUCAAUUUAUGUUUCAGUUUCCUCUCUCAGCUGAUUCAUCUCUAUGUGAAAUGCCAGAAAAAAAUAAAACUGGACUCAACUUACCAAAUGUUUUAGAUCCAGCUGUAUCGGAUCAUUUGAUUGAUUUGACAACUGUGAGCAAAUUGAAUGGAAGAAAUGAAGACGGUUAAAGAGAUGAUAUAGAAAAUCUUUCUUUGAGCUUAUUAUGUUAAACCCAAGCUGUUAAUGCUGACACAGUGACAUUCAGUCCUGUGUGGGAACAGAAGUCCGUUUGGUGUUGUGUGACAUUAAAUGCUGCUUUUGUUGUUAAUGCCUAAUUUAUUGACUUGUUUUAAAUAACUAACAAAA